AUGAAAGCCAAUGAUCAAAACGCAUUUCAGAACACUUGUUUACUCAUAUGCACCGAAACAAGUUACCAGAUCCAGAGCAUUAUUGACGUACAAAGGUUUAGCAGUUACCAGAAGCUUAUUACUGUUACAUCAAUGGUUUUACGAUUUAUUCUACGAGUGAAGAAAGCCCAUUUAAGAGUCAAAGAGAAUAAGAACUCUGAAGCUGAAAUCGCAGAAAUUUUAUGGUUUAAACAAAUCCAAUUAGAUCUUCCAAAUCACCCUUCGUUUGAAAUGUGGAAAAAACAGUUUGGAUUAUUCUGGGAUAAGAAUGGAAUGGAUUAUUCUGGGAUAAGAAUGGAAUCAUCAAGUGCAAGGGAAGAAUUUCGAAAGUGA